AUGCAUGGAACGUGCAGCCUCCCGCUCAGCCGCUCCCUUCCCCUGGUGUGCAUUUGCUCCCUGUUCAGUUUCCUUUGCGGCGUCGGUAUCGGUGCGAAUGACUUGAGUGCAAAUUUUGCCAUGGUGGUGGGAAGCGGCUCCCUAAAUAUGCGUCAGGCAGUUGUCUACUGCACGGUGUUUGAGCUGCUCGGCGCCGCUUUCAUGGGUGGGCGCGUUAGUGGGACGAUUCGCACAGGCAUCGUCGACCCUGCCUUGUUCACCAUGGACGAGGACAUGGUGCUUAUCGGCAUGACAUGUGCAAGUUUUGCGGCGGCUCUGUGGCUGUACCUUUCCACGGUAUUUGGUUUGCCCGUGUCCAUCACCCACACGGUGGUGGGGUCCAUCAUUGGAUUUGCCGUCUUCUCCAGCGGCUCCUUCAAAUACUUGCAGCCGCGCGGCGUCGCAAAAGUUCUGGUUUCAUGGCUUUUCGCCCCACUGGCGGCGGUCGCAGUGACGGCGGGUAUCUUUUACGUUCUUCGCAAGUACGUCUUGCGGGUGAAGGGGAGAUCGUUUCAGAACGCCUUAUGGGCGUUGCCCUACUGUCUUGGUUUCUCCCUCCUCAUUGAUCUCAUGUUUGUCGUGAUUGAGCAGCCGCCUAUUCUCACCGUGUCACUCGCGAGAUUCCUGCCCAUCGAGGCCCAGUACCUGAUUUUUCUUGCGUCGAUUCUCUUGUCAUGCUGCCUCCCCUCCUCGCUGCUCUUCCCGCGCCUGGCGGAGGAGGCCUGGGAGGCAAACUCGUUUGUGUGGGAGUCGGAGAAGCUCUGCACGGAGGCGGAGGCUGAGGCGGAGGCGGAGUCGGAGGCGCGAGCUGCGACUGACCCCCCCGAGGCAGUGGCCGGAGAUGGACGUCUGCGAGCUUCGUCCUGCGCUCCGCCCCACGAUGCGGCGGCGGCCUCCGGGACCCCCGCGGCGCAGCCCGGCAGGAUGUCGCCUCUGCCACGGCGGGUUACGGCGCUGCUGCACGGCUCAGGUAGCUUCUUCCUCUCGACCGUGGACUCGGAUAACGUGGAGCUGCUUCCUCGGCGGAGCGUUCGGGCGGCACCUGCGGGACGCGCUGCGCCGCAUGCGGAUCUCCAUUUGAUGAAGAAGACCGAGACGGAGACCGCGUCCCCGGCGCCCCCUGUCUCCUACGGCGCGGUGCUGAACGUAAAGGAUGCGGAGGAUUCGCCUCUUGUGGUGGAACUGAACGAUGCGUUUGUGGAGGAGGACUGGGGGAUGGACCACCCGAUGCAGCCGAUAAACUUCCGUGGGUUUCUGCUUAAACCAUUUAAUCCACGUGCGGAGUACCUCUUCACCGCUCUUCAAGUCGUCGCGGGCAGCAUGUCGAGCUUCGUGCACGGGGCAGUGGCUGGGGCCAAUGCAACGGCCGCCUUUGUUAUUCUGUAUGACACGUUUGCGGUGUCGGAGCUUGAGGAGCAGCCGCUUGGCAGCAGUUGGACCGUGUUGCCGGCAAUGCUGGGUAUCGCCAUUGGCAUGUUCUCGCUGGGGGCACGCCUGAUGAAGACGGUCGGCAUGGAGUUGGUGACGGUGACCCCGACGCGUGGGUGGUGCAUUCAGGUUGGCGGCACCCUCGUCACAAUGGUUCUCACUGGCAUCGGAAUUCCCGUCUCCCUGUCGCAGGCUCAGGUUGGCGCGGCAAUUGGCUGCGGUCUGCUGGACGCACGCGCCAAAGGUGUGGAGUGGGGCGUCGCUGUGAAGAUUGUCUGCGGGUGGGGGGUGACACUCGCGAUCAGCGCCGUCACAACGGGCGCCUCCAUGUGGCUGCUCGCCUACUUUUACUGCGCCUAA